AUGUUCUCUAAAUCUUUCACCGCUGCCCUCUUCGCGCUCUCUGUUGCCAGCUCCGUCUCUGCGACAUGCACCAGAUCCUACACCGUUAAGGCGGGGGAUAUCUGCGACUCCAUCUCUGCGGCGAACAACGUCUCAACCUACCAGCUCGCGACAGUUAACUUUGGUCACAUCGACCCAGAGUGCUCCAACCUCCUGAUUGGUGACAACAUUUGCCUGGGACAUGAGGGCCAGGAUUGCACAUCGACCUACGUUGUCAAGCUCGAUGACACCUGCGAACAAAUUUCCGCUAUCACCGGCGUGAACACCACCACCCUCUACUUGAACAACCCUCAAAUCAACGCAGGAUGCACUAACAUUUACGUCGGAGAGGUUCUUUGCGCGGCUUCCAGCCUGCAGGCUCCUCCCCCUCCCGUUGGGGCUGAUAUCCCAGCUGCUACGAUCCCCGCCACGGCUACCCCUGCUCCUCCCUCCACCAAGCCUACUCCCGCGCCUGCACCCGCUGCACCGGCCCCUGCUGCCCCAGCUCCCCAAGACAACAACGAUGAAGACGACGAUGACCUCCCAUUCUGCGACGAGCUCUAA